CCGCUCGUGUCCUCCGCAAAGGCUCUCCAUCUUGCCAAACCAAACUGAAACGCUCUCUCUCUCUCUCUCUAGACUGCAACUCUGCUAAAGCCUUUGUUGUCUGUUUCUUUAUCGAUCAAUUUGGUGAAGAGUAGAGGAAGAAGAACGAAGAAGAGAAGAAGAAAAGAAGACUUGAGAGAGAUGGGAAGAAGAAGGAGCUCUCCUUUAAACAAAGUUUUCGGAUGGAUGCGAAGGCAAUCGAUGAAGGUGAAGGCAUUCCUAACUGUAACGGCUAUGCUCUGUUCUUUUGUCGCUCUGAAACUUUUCGUCAAAGAGCACAGCUACUUCUUCAUUGCUGCGGAAGUGAUCCAUGCACUGGGUAUCAUGGUUUUAAUUUAUAAGCUUACUACCCAGAAGACAUGUUCUGGUCUUUCACUGAAGACUCAAGAGUUAACUGCUAUAUUCCUAGCAGUAAGAGUAUAUUGCAGCUUUAUAUUUGAAGCAGACAUUCACACUGCGCUUGAUUCUUUAACACUCCUCUCUACCCUCUGGGUCAUAUACAUGAUACGUUUCAAAUUAAAGUCGACCUACAUCAAGGAACUUGACAAUUUUCCAUUAUAUUAUGUGGUGAUUCCUUCAGCAAUCCUGGCAGCUCUUAUACAUCCUUAUACUCAUCAUUUCCUAAUCAAUAGAAUGCUUUGGGCUUUUAAUGUCUAUGCUGAAUCUGUGUCGGUGCUGCCUCAGCUUCGUCUGAUGCAGAAUGCAAAGAUGGUUGAACCAUUUACAGCCCAUUAUGUUUUUGCUUUGGGUGUUCAACGAUUCUUGGGUUGUGCUUACUGGAUCAUUCGGGUGAUUGAGACUGGUGGAACAUAUCUAACCUUGAUAGGAGCUGGGUACAUAUGGGUACUGAUGAUUUUUGUUGCAGAAAUCAUUCAGACCUUUAUCUUGGCUGAUUUCUGUUACUACUAUGUCAAGAGUGUCAUGGAAGGCCAACUUUUGGUGAGGCUAUCUUCGCCCGUAUAGAAGAUCGAUACAAUCUGCACGCCUUAUCUACUCAACAUCUACCAAAUACCAAUUUACAUUUACAUGGCUGUUUUUAGUUUCAGAAAUUAUAAUUGAAGGUUUUUGUUUUCUUAAAAUUAAGUAGACAUUUAUUUUCCUUAGUUUAAUAAGCAGUUAUGUGAUGUUAUAGACUUCAAAGAUGAUGGUUGAUGAGGCUUUUCAAAUUUAUUUCUGUCAAAA